AGUCUGAGGGGUGACGCGGUGAGCGCGACAGGGUCGCCAUCCGACCUCUGUGCACGCGCCCUGACCUGGGGCACUGGCCGGUGACAUUUGCAGUGAUCCGAGGAAGUGACCGCUGACCUGGGUCACUGGAGAAUCGUGACCGGGGAGAGUGACGGUCAGCGUGGGGCGUGGGUAUUUUGGGAUGUUCUGUGCGACUUAUCAUUGAUCUACGCCAGUGAUGCAUGUCUUCGAACGAGGAAGAAUCCGAUCACCUCCAGUUCUAUCUUCGAAUAGCGUUGCCUACAGGAUGAUUCAAUGAUUGACUAUCUGUCAAUUCAUUGUGUUACAGAGUUUCAGAGAUCUCGUCACCACUCUGUCGGCUGUUACGUGUGUUCGUGAGUAGUGAGCGAUCCGGAACAUCAAGUUUCUGAAACGGCACAAUCGGUACAUCGAGUUUCGGAACCGGAACAAUUGGAACAGCCAACUUCGAAACCGGAACGAUCGGAACAUCAUGAACGAGUGAGCUCAGGCGGCCGUGAUGAGUCCGUAUGCCAAGCGCCAGCCGAAGUCGUGAGUCUUCCUAUUGUUAGACGUGACUCGUGAGUCGGAGCCGUGAGUUUUCACCAACUGAGGCUGUGAGUUUGCUCUGAUGAUAACCGUGAGACGGCACUAACCGUGAGUGUGCUUCAAUCAGAGCCGUGAGUGUGUUCCGACGAUAACCGUUUGGCGUCGCGAGCCGUGAGAGUGCCCCACCCGUGAGCGUUCUCCGUUCGUGAGUGUGCUACGUCCGUGGAUCUCCCUCGGUGUAUCCGUGAACACUCGCCGCCAUGUUCCGGCUGAAGCGGCAGCAGCAGGCGCCCGUGCUGCCGCUGCCGGUGCGCCGCCUCUGGACGGUGGGGGCCUCCGGCUCGGUGUCUCUGUCCUCCUACAUCCUGGUCGGCUACUGCAUCAACCAGGUGGCCGGUGCCGGCACCCUGGUCUCCGUCAUCAUCGCCAGCAUAAUGGCGGCCAUCACAGGCGUGGCGUACGUGGAGCUAACACAGAGGACUCGGGUCACCGGCUCGCCAUACAGCUUCUGCUACACCUACCUGGGAGAGUUGCCGGCCUUCUUCGUCGGAUGGGCGGUCGUCGGAGAGUGCACAGUCGGGACCGCCGUGAUGGGGAAGGCCAUCACCUACUACUCCAACUUUCUGACUGACGGACGUCUGAACACCUCACUAAACAACUGCUGCCAACUGGCCGGCGAGGUAGACAUACGGCUGUGGAGCUUCUUCGACCCCAUCGCCAUGUCAGCGGUCAUCAUAGUAGGAGUCGUAUGCGCAAUCAACAGCAGCGUAGCGUGCAAGAUCAACCAGGGUCUGUUGCUGGUCAACUUCGUCACCGUCGUCGUCACCAUCAUCUUCAACAGCACCGAGGGAUCCACCGACAGCUGGAACCCACCCGGAGGCAAUGGAAGCAUUUUCUUCCCAGAAGAUUUCGGGGCGCUAGGUGUUUUUCGAGCCAGCGCUAUCUACAUGCACGUUUUCCUCACCUUGGCUACAACGGCUACAUUGGCUACGCAGCACCGCGGGGCCAAGCACUCGUCAGCCAUCAGUAUGGUGGUGACCACCCUCGUUGCCAUCAUCGCCAUCUCGAAGACGGUCAGCGUCAGUCUGCUGGAGCCCUACGACAAGCUGGAGCGCUUCACUCCAGUGGCCUCGUACAUGAAGAAUGUAACCGAGCACAACUAUCAGUGGGUGGCCAACGUCAACUGUCUCGGCGCCAUCGUCGCCUCUACAGCCGGCAUCCUCAGUAUGCUGGUGCUCUCGGCCAACACGCUGGAACAGAUGGUCUCUGACGGUCUGCUGUGGUCCAAGCUGGCCGCACGCCGACCGGCCAUCUCACCGGCUACAACCACGCUCAUCACCACCGUCGUGGCAGCUAUCGGGGCGGCGCUGCAGGACUACGAGGGGCUCAUCCUGAGCCUCUCCUCGGGCACAUUCCUGGUGUUCCAGGCACUCCUGAUCGCUGUCAUGGUCUCCAGAUCACAUGAAAGCAAAGAAACGGCACUUCUGAUAGUGUUGAAAUUUACAUGGCUACUUUACUUUUUCGUCUCUCCGGCGCUGGUGAUGGUGACCAGACACCUGGGUGAGAAGGUGGCCCAGUCGGCUGUGCAGGGCCUGCUCUCCGGCCUGGUGAUGCUCUUUCUGCAGCUGGCCAUCAAUUGGAAGCACCUGGGGGUCAAGGUUGUGGUGGUACAGGUUGGCACCAGCGUCGUCAUGGGUUUCUCCAGCUUUCUGAUGUACCAGCUGGACGACUUUGCUUGGUACCGCCUGUUCAUCUGGACUUUCAUCGGUUUGCUGAUUUACACGCUAUACGGCUACCGCAAGUCGCACUUGGGACGAGGCAUCGUCGACCUGGUCGUAGUGCCCGAGGACGACUGUGUCCGGAGUCUGGAGGAAGGUCUCGACAACGCCGGCUUUCAGGACGAACUGGCAGAGUUCGGCAUCGGCUGGCGACGGCGAACGCACCGCAGCAUCGGCGGACACAGCUACGCCAGCGCGCGCUCACGCCACAAGGAGAGCUUUCACAGCGCACGUGAGGAGGACUUGCGUCGCCAGAGCUUCCGCAGCGUCAGAGAUGACGAUGAGCGCAAAGCGAGCUUCAAAAGCUUCUCUGAGAGCUACCGAAGCAGCCGCCAGCCGUCGCUGGUUGCGUACAGUAUCAGCAGCGGUGAGCCGAGUACCGGCCCUCGGGGAGAUCAGCCGGACGGAAGGCGUGCCUCACGCGGUCCUCGCCAUCCGGGAGGCGCCAGGGACAGCUUCAAGAGUGUCCAGUCAUACACCAGCAAAGCCAGCUUCCGGAGCGUGAGGAGUGACGACGGAUGGAGGAGCUCGAUUGGCGGCGCUUCAAGUGGCCGGCGCAGCCGACUCGCCUCUGACAGCUGGAGGUCCGCCUCCUCGGGAGAUUCGCGUCGGUCCAGCAGCAGACGGCGACGACGCGUUUCGCCACCCAGACAUGCUACAAAGCCAGACGCGCGUGCUGUUCCGGCGGAGCGUUCCGGCAGCCCGGUCACGUCCCGUAAAGCCACCGCGGCAGACCUCACUCGCACGCCCCCGCCAACGCGACGCACCGCCACAGCCGAACGCGCGCGCACACCACCGCCCACACCCAGCGGUCGAGGCCAGGUGGAGAUCCUGAUCAAUCCACGACGACUCUGCGAAGAAAUGUACCCUACAUCCGCUGCCCCUCCUAGAACCAGCACUGCGCCUGCUGAUCUCUUUCUUAGUGGAGAAUCCCAUGACGAUGGCGGCAACCCGCGGGAAGCCGCAGACAGCAUAUCUCCGAUAAAUCACACCAAAGACGCUGUUGAAAAACGUCACAAAAGUCGUGUCGGUGACAUGGAAUACGCAUCCACAGACUCAACAUCCUCUGAGUCUGACAACGAUGCUGAGCACCUGAGGUACUCGGAAGCUGACAUUGACGCCGCCUCGAUUACGUCGAACUGUGGCAGCAAACGGCCCUCCUCAUCUGGCAGUAGCAGUGACCGGGCUAGGGCCUCACUGCCGGCCCCGAACCCCGGCGCAUCGACCAUCCAGAGGCUGCCCGACCUGGGACUGGGUGACCUAGCGCCCGUCCCUCGAGGAAAACGGUCACUGUCGAUGUCCGACAUUUCGUACGACGAUGAGUCUGAUUCUGCGCCAGCCAUGAGGUCAGAUCGCCGACGAGGACAGCCCAAAGUAAAGCAGGUCCCAGCAAUUACGACGAAAGAAGAGCAAUAUAUCAGCGGACGCAGCUCAGAAAGUUCUGAUGAGGUUCCUCGCAUUCACAGUGAUCCAAUGGGUGCAAACCAUGCUGCUGCCCGAGGACAGACUUCGCCAAAAAUCAAAGCAGCCUUAACUUCAGACCUAAACUUAUCUCCUAAACUAACCGGCGAUUCCCACAACCGCCAGGUGAAACGGACUAAACCACACUUAGAAAGGUACACUAGCUCUGCCAGCUCCAGCACCGAAGACGACGAUGAGCAGCGGCGUUCAGCUCCGGUGCCCAGCUUGCUUUAUGGCCAACCGCGUAAGUCAUCGGACAAUGCGAUCCAUGCCGUCAGUGUUCCCACAGACAGAGAUGCUAUACUACUAGAUCUGGAAGGGCAAGUACGUGAUAGUCGCUUCCCCGAGGAACAUCAUUCCCCGACACUUAGUGGUGGUCGUAAAUCAGAAGCAAAGCUUCCCGAUCUACCUGCGAUUGGAAAGGGCCUUACAAAAUCAGACACCACUUCAAGCACUGGCAGUGUAUCAUCCGAAGACAUCGAAGACGAUGGUAUAAUGGACAGUCGAGUAGGUGAUAACUCUCCUAGCAGCCACGGGACGGAUGAAGGCACGUCAUCCGAGGAAAACGAGGCGGACGACGUGGCACCUAGAUCGGACCUCGGCAGACGUUCGUCGUACACUGCGACUGGUGAUGAAGCCGGUUACCGCUCCGGAGAGGAAAGCUCCUAUCUUGAGGAAGAAGAGGUGCAACGGGGCUUGAGUCACUCAGACACUUCGGAGGGCUCAAAUUCACGGAGUUCGCAGGCCGAGUUACAUGACCAGGGAGAGUCAAGCGCCAAGUUCUCUAUAAGCGCCUCGGAGAGAGGUCUGGAUACCUCGAGUGAUUCUGAAGUUGAUUCCCGGCCCACGAGGCCCGUUUCAGUGGCGGCUGCGCUGGCUGACGGUCCCCCCAGCCCGAGCCCUGAGGAUCAACAGGACGUGCGGCCGGUGGUGCGACGUCAGAUGCGGCUGCCGCACGUCCCGGCCGAGGCGCGCUGGCUGGCUCGUACCCCAACACCGCCGGGGCUGCUCUCAGCGCUCGGAGUCAGUGAUGGACCGCGAUUGGCACUGGAACGGAGCUCCAGCUUGCCCAGCCUCUCCAGCAGCACUGGAGACGACGGAAGCCGCAGCGAACGGGAUUCACCCCCGCCUCAGCAGCGAUCGGGAUUAGACAGUGGCAGAAGUCAUGACGGACUGGGGACGAAGAGGGCACAAAGUCUGCCUGAUAUGAGCGACAGCGGCAGCGACGACUCGAGAGCGCCGGGGUCGGAACUCGAUCACGACAGUAGCAGCGACGAUGAACAGGUGGCGGUGCCUUACGGACGAGCGCAGCCGCCGCCGGCGCGUCAGCGAAGCUCGACUUCUGGCAGCGAUGAGACAUCCAGCGAUGGGGGUUCGCCAGUGCCACUACGCCGCCGCCCUCCACCUGACACGCGGCCAUCCCCUGACCGCACCGUGUCUCUCAAGGAGGUGCCGCCGCCGCUGCGCAAUCAUGCAGCGCGUCUGGGCAGUCUGCCACCGCUGAACCCCGAAUACCGUGCAAUCUAUCGACCGGCCGAGCAGACAAGCCUCCCUCAGGGCGCCGGCAGAUGGCGGCCGGCCGUUCAGCGCGCGCGCGAGACCUUCGUGCACGCCGAUAGCGACGACGAGCGCGCGCAGAGUUUCGUGGCGCCUCCGCUCCAGAACCCACCGGCGGUGGACGGGCUGCAGGUACACCCGGAGUUGGAGCGACUGAUCCGGCGACUGGGCGGAGCUGGCGCAGCCCGGCCGACCGUCGCGUCUCCAGUGGCCCUGGCCGGAGCCGCGGCGGGGACAGGGGCCGCAGCCACUCCCGCCGCGUCUCUGACCCGACAGCCGGAGCCGACCGGUCAGGAAGACAGUCCCGACCUCAUAUAUUGCUGAGAACAUGGUCAGUUAGCAUGGCUUGGAGGGAUCCUGCGCCUGCUUGAGCGUGACUCGGGACCAAUAGGGCAUAUGUGUGUAUUUUAGCGAGGAUGAUGUGCAUUGUAAGUUUAUUUUAGCGACGUCCGAGGAUGCUGUGCAUUGUAAGUGUGUUUGAAGUAUGCUAAGUGUGAAUUAGCCAUAUCGUCUGCUCCAUAUCUUCCCUAGUCCGUAUGCCUGGUUCUGCCCGCCCCUUGCCGUUGUUAUUUGACUUCCGAUGACGAUGAGAGUAGGUAUGUUAUUUUAAUAAGUCUUGCACGAUGACGUGCUGUUUUCUGCGCAUUUUCCCUUAUACGCAUAAUUAGCGACUGUGCCAUUAUACCGGAUACUUGUAAGCACAAGCGUUAAACACGACUUUUUAUGGUGCGGCGGUUGUGGAGUCGGGACAAGUGCGGUCAUUUACUGCCAAGUUAAUAAUUAACUUGGAAUGUGCAAUGUCGGAUGUGAAACCUUUAUUUUUUACAAUCACAACGGCGCCAGCGAAAACUCAUGGGACCAUUUAACUGGGACAUGACUCGUAUCCAUAUGCAUUAUGUGUUUUACAUCGAUUUAAGAUGUGAUUUAUGAUGAUUCUCGUCGAUGCGUAUGUGGACACACACAACUCCUGGCUGCCACGGUUACAAUCAAGCGGUUAUUCUGAGUGAUUAUGUUUCCGUGCAUUACAAGGUGAUCAAAUAAAUACAAACGCUA